AUGGAUGAUGAAGACGGCCGGUGCCUGUUAGACGUCAUCUGCGAUCCGCAGGCCCUGAACGAUUUCCUCCAUGGAUCCGAGAAGAUUGACAGCGAUGAUCUCCUGGACAACUCUGGGGACGCCGCCAGCGCCUUCUUCGAGGGGGCCGGGCUGCACGGCCAGGAGGCCUCGGGGAACCCUCUGAGCUCGGAGCCCAGCCAGCCCCCGGCCAGCGUGGACCUGGACUUCCUGGAGGAUGACAUCCUGGGCUCUCCGGGCGGCGCCGGCGCGGGCGCCGAGCAGCCGUGCGACAUCCUCCAGCAGAGCCUGCAGGAGGCCAACAUCACCGAGCAGACGCUGGAGGCCGAGGCCGAGCUGGACCUGGGCUCCUUCCAGCUGCCGGCGCUGCAGCCGGUGGUGCAGGCGGCCGACGGCACGCCCCAGAUCUUCUCGGGCGGCGCCGACCUGCUGGGGCUGCAGCCGCCGGCCGUGCUGGCGCCGCAGGCCCUGGUGCAGCCUCCGGACGUGGUCAACAAAGCCAUCAGCGUGCAGCCCUUCCUGCAGCAGGUGGGGCUGGGCAACGUCACCAUCCAGCCGCUGCCCAACCUGCCCGGCUUGCCCAACGGCAGCCCCGGCGGCGCGCUGGGGCUGGGCCCCAUCCAGGUGGUGGGCCAGCAGGUGAUGGCCAUCAACCAGCCGGCGGCGCCGCAGCUGCUGGCCAAGCCGGCGCCCGUGGCGGCCGUGGGCGGCUACAUCGCCCAGCCCGAGGCGGCGGCGGCGGCGCAGGGAGCGGGCUUGGUGAUCCAGAAGAGCCUCCCGGCCGUGGCCACCACCACGCUCAACGGCAGCUCGGUGUUCGGCGGCGUCUCGGCGGCGUCGGCGCAGCCGCUCACCGUCACCUCGGGGCUGGGCGGCUCCUUGGUGCCGGCGCCCAACGUCAUCAUCCACCGCACGCCCACGCCCAUCCAGCCCAAGCCCGCCGGCGUGCUGCAGCAGAAGCUCUACCAGAUCACGCCCAAGCCCUUCGCGCCCGGCGGGGCCCUGGCGCUGCCCGGCGAGGCGCCGGCCAAGGCGCAGCAGAACCUCACCUUCAUGGCCGGCAAGGCCGCGCCCAACGUGGUGCUCCAGGGCUUCUUCCCCCCCAACGUCUUCAAGCCGCCGCCGCCGCAGCCGGCGGCGCUGGGCAAAUCCAUGAGCGUGCACGUGCUCAACCAGGGCGGCUCCAUCGUCAUCCCGGCGCAGCCCUUCCAGGGCCAGAACCAGUUCCUGCUGCCGGGCCAGCUGGCCGGCGCCUCGGUGCCGCUGCCGCAGCCGCUCUCGGCGCUGCCGGCCAACGUCGGCGGCCAGCUCCUGCCGGGCGCCGGCCAGGCCCACAUCAUCGCCGGCCAAGGCGCCGGCGCCGCCCAGCUGCUGGCCAACCCCGCCCUGCCGGCGCAGCUGCUCAACCAGAACCUGGCCGGGGCAGCUGAACCUGGGCCCGGUGCUGGCGUCGCCGGGCGCGGCGGGCACGGCGCACAUCUGUCGGCGGCGCCCAUCCAGCUGCAGCCGGGCCAGCCGGCGCCCGCGCUCUUCCAGAUGCCGGUGUCGCUGGCCGGGCCCCUGCCCAGCCCCGGCUCGGCCCCGGCGGCGGCGGGGGCGGCGCCCACGGUGAUCCAAGGGGUGACCCUGGCCAGCCCCGUGGCCAUGCUCAACGCCGGCGACGGUUUGGGCGCCGCCGUCAGCAUCCAAACGGGCCGCCGGCAGCCCCGGCGCCGAGGCCGGGCCCGGGUCUGGCAGCGCCGGCAGCACCGCGCAGCCCCCCGGCGACGCCGGCACCGGCACCGCCCAGCCCAGCCCCGGCCUGGCCGGCAGCCCCGAGAAAAUCCUGCUGGGAACGGCACCGGCGGCAACGAGCACCGCGGUGAUGGGGCAGGACGGGGUGCCCAUGUUCCUGCAGCAG